AUGGUAUGGCAGCAUGGCGACGGUGCCCCUGGAAACGAGAACGAGGUCAUUGCUUGCAGAUUGGAACGGGCGGACUUAGCGGCUACCUCAUCUUACAAGUGUCUAUCCUACGUCUGGGGCAGCCAAGAUGAUAGAGUGCCAAUCCUACUCGACGGCAAAGAUCAUGGCGUGACGAGGAAUCUGCAUGCCGCCCUACACAUGCUCCGUCGAACAGAUGACGUGGCCAGGAUCUGGAUCGACGCACUGUGCAUCGACCAAGACGAUGAUGGAGAGAAGCGUGAGCAAGUGGCAAUGAUGGGAGACAUCUUCAGAAGUGCCGAGGAGGUGAUCGUCUGGCUCGGUGAGCCAGCUAGUCGAGUUUCCAGGGGGAUGGACAUGCAUAUGAUCUUGGAAAGAUGUAUGACAUCGCUAGCCGAAAACGCACACUUCCACGAGCUUCCCUUCGGCUCGCAUUGCAUGUCCCGGAGGUGUCCAGCUGCCCACGAUCAGUCAUCGGACGCUACGUGUGCCUGGGCAGAACUACUAGCAGUACUGCGAUCUUGGUUCGAGUCUACCUGGUUCGAGCGAACAUGGACUGUGCAGGAGAUAGUCCUACCUCGAAAAGCCACCCUCAUGUUAGGCUCCCUCAAGUUACCAUGGAGUACAGUCACAAAAGGAUUCGGUAAUCUCAGAGAGCACAUGAGCUCAUGCUGUACGGAGUGCGUAUACGGCUUGCCCGGAGAAGACCCUAGGCAUGUAUACCGUAUGACGAGCAAUGUCAUCGACUUUGUAGCUGCGAAGAACAAGCUUGAUCAAGGCCAACACCUCAUAGAACCACUGCUGCAGUUCAACUGGAAGAAGGCCACGGAUCCGAGGGAUAAGAUAUAUGGGCUGCUUGGGCUACAAAGCGGAAGACGACCGACGCCAGUAAUGCCAGAUUAUGCGGCCAGCUUGCAAGACAUCUUCACCAGCUUAGCUACCGACGUGAUCAAGACGCAAGACUGGCUGGUACCGCUUUGUCUCGAUCUGCGGCAGGAGCUAAAGGGUCUCCCAUCGUGGGUCCCGGACUGGACUCUCACAGCGACGAAUCCGGUAUUCUACUCCAUCUCCCGCUUCACCUGGACAUGGUCGUACAGCGCUGCAGACGAAUUAGAAGGCAAUAUUACGAUAGACGGUGACAACGUUCUCAACGUGAGCGGUAUUCGUGUAGACGACUUCAGUGAAAUCGGCGAAGCUUACGAAAUGAUGAAGGACUGUGCGGAUCAGCUGGCGGUUUUUCAGAGCUGGAAAACCAUGACUGACCUUGAUAAUCGUGGUGAGGAUGAGUACAUUAGUGGAGGCACGUUGGAACAAGCAUUCUGGCGUACCAUGUUCGCCGACCGUUUCCACCAAGAUCAGAAACCGCGACAGCUCAAAGCGGACGAUGUCACAGCUCUAUAUAGCUUCUUGGAAGAGACCGAAGACCGGCUGAAGAAGUACGGCAACGAUGCUCUCAUCUGCUUGAAUGAUGCAACGUCUUCUCAUAUCAUCGCCGUGCUGGACCGUAGACUUUUCCGGACCAGGAAAGGUUGGCUGGGCGUUUGUCCAAAAAUGGCUGCAGCUGGGGAUGAGGUACAUGUGCUUGGUGAUUGUCCUGUACCGGUAGUGCUUCGUCGAGUUGAUGCCGAAGAUGGUGAACGAGAGGAGUAUCGGGUCCUUGGUCAUUGUUACGUGCAUGGGAUCAUGGAAGGUGAAGCUUCCGAGUUAGGUAUUGGCGUGCAGAGGAUACGAAUCGUAUAG